AUGUACCCGAUCUUCGUCUUUGCAGCAGAGGUCGCUGGUCUCGUCACGGCUCCUGUCAAUCCCGCUUUGACUGUGGGUGAGCUUGCCAAGUCGCUCCAGCAGGCCUCGGUCGACGUCGUGCUCACCCAUCCCUCGUGCCAGGACAAUGCACGCGCCGCAUGGCACCAGGCGAAGGUCGCCAUGGGUCGACCCAUCGCCACUUCUUGCUCGGACGCCGUCAGCGAUGGCCUCUUCAUGCUUGACGAUGCCGACGAGCUCGUCGUCGGCAAGCACGGCGAGCCUGACCUGCGUGCCGAGUUGACCGACAACGAGCUCGAGUCGUACCGCGUCGAGGACCCUGCUACCGAGACCGCCUUCAUCAUGUUUUCCUCGGGCACUUCGGGCUCGGCGAAGGGAGUCGAGAUCACCCACUCGAACGUCAUCCACAGCGUCAUGGCCCUCGUCGCCACCCACGAUGACUACUUCGGCCAGAAGGACGUCCAAGUCGGCUUCCUGCCCUUCUACCACAUCUUUGGCUUGAUCAAGCUCAUGCACCACCCCUUCUAUCUCGGCAUGAAGAUCGUCAUCCUCCCCAAAUUCAGCCUCGACCUCUUUUGCGAAAAGAUCCAGGAGCACCGUGCCACUGCCUCGUUGGUGGUGCCUCCGGUCCUCUUGCAGCUGGCAAAGAGCCCUGUACCCGAGAAGUACAACAUGUCGAGCCUCAAGUGCGUCCAGUGCGGUGCGGCUCCUCUAUCGGCCGAACUCUUUGAGCUGCUCGAGAAGCGCUACCCUGGUAUGGCGGUGCUCAACGGCUAUGGCCUCACCGAGUCGCUUCCCUCGGUGAUCUGCUCGGGUCCUAAGGAGCUGCCCAACUCGAAGGGUGCUGCUGGCCGUAUCGCUCCGGGUGUCGAGGUGCGUCUCGUCUCGGAGGAGGGUCACGACGUCGGUCAGGAGCAGGGUCGCGAGGGUGUACCAGGCGAGGUGUGGCUGCGUGGCCCCACCAUCAUGAAGGGCUACCUCGACAAUGAUGAGGCGACGCGCGACGCCUUCACUGCCGACGGAUGGUUCAAGACGGGCGAUGUUGCUGUGAUGCGCAACACGGAGAUCUUUAUCGUCGACCGUAUCAAGGACCUGAUCAAGUUCAAGGGUUUCCAGGUCUCGCCCGCUGAGCUCGAAGCGGUGAUCACGAGCCAUCCCGAGGUGGCGGAUGUCGCCGUCUUUGGUGUCUGGUGCCCGAGUCAGAUGACCGAGGUGCCUCGCGCGUGCAUCGUGCCGAGGGACUUGGACCUUCUCAACCGUCCCGAAGAAUGCAUGGAGCUGGAGAAGCGCGUUCGCUCUCACAUGGAGAAGCUCGUCGCCGCACACAAGAAGAUCCGCGGAGGUAUCGAGUGGGUCGCGACCAUCCCCAAAUCUCCUUCGGGCAAGAUUUUGAGGAGAUUGCUGCGUGACGAGGCUGCUCGGGCUUCGGUCAAGGCGGACGAGAAGCACCAGCUACGCCCGACGCUGGUCACGACACUGGCACCCGUCAACACGAACAAUGGCGGAAAGGAGGAGGAAGAGUCGAGCAACAACAUCUUCUCUCCCGUUUCGCCUGUCGCUGCUGCGUAG